AUGGUGGUGGAAGAUCAAAACCGAGCCAGCUCUGUGAUAUCCAAGCAAUCAGAUACCACUCGAGAUCAAUGGAGAUGCGGUUUAAACUCGGACGGAUCAUUUACAGUAAUUCCUACCGCAACGGAGCUUUCAAAAAGAGGGGUAAACUUGGAAACAUUGACAUGUUGUAUAUGCGAGGAGAAAGAUGAGUGCCCAGACUGUGCUCUUGUGGAUUGCUCUUUUGCAAAAAAGGUGGCUGAUGGGAUAUGGAGGUGGUGUAAUGUGCAAGCUGGUGGUUUCAACAAGGCAAGGGAUGAAAGAGUCUUUAAAAACAAUCGCCUACCACCUGAAAAAGUCAUAGAAAUAGUUAAGCUUGUGACUUUUCUUUGGGUGAAGAACAGGGGUAAGAUGGCAGAAUUAGCUUGGGCAAAUUGGUCUCAAUGCCCUUUCCUUUAA